AUGACCGAAUUUGUGGUAGCGGAGGAGCCUUCGAUGGAUCUCCCGGUUAUCGAUCUAGACAUCUACCGAAACAACCCGGAAACUAGUCCGGAGGUACAGGAAGAAUGCUUACGCGCAGCCCGGGCGCUCGCAACGUACGGAGCGUUGGUACUACACGACUCGCGGGUGUCAGAAUCAGACAACGAGGCGUUCUUAGACCUACUGGAAGACUACUUCGCACAACCAGCUGAACUUCUACGGCGUGACGAGCGGCCGGAGCUAGGCUACCAAGUCGGCGUUACACUUGAAAAUACCGAAAAGCCCAAGUGUGCCGUCGACGAACCAUGCCUACACGUUAUCGAGCGCCUAGCCCCGGAGGAGCGACCCCUUGACAUCAGUGGUCAUCAACCGGAUCCCAAAUGUCGCUUUUUUUGGCGCAUGGGCGAGCCCGCGCCUUACACUACGCAAUUCCCGGGCCUGAAUGCCGAGAACGUGAUUCCGGAUGCCCCUGAAAUCAAGGAGAGAUGGACGCCCGUUAUGGAGACGUGGGGAAAGAGUAUGAAGAGCGCUGUUUCGGGGGUCGCCGAGAUGGCCGCCAUUGGUAUGGGACUCCCCGCCGAAACUUUUACAGACGCUGGGCGAUAUGGCCCACACCUUCUAGCCCCAACAGCAUCCGACCUUGAGAAGUUUGGGCAAAAGGACACCAUCUUGGCUGGUUUCCAUACUGAUUUAAAUUUCUUAACGAUUCACGGGCGUUCCCGAUAUCCGGGACUCCACAUAUGGGCACGAAACACGGGUCGACGUAUCGCUGUCAGCAUCCCGCGUCCCUCUGCCUCCUCGUCAGGAAGCUACUUGCUUGUACAGGCUGGGAAGCAGCUUGAGCACCUAACGGGCGGACUGGUGAAGGCUGGAUACCACGAAGUAGUGGUUAAUUCGUCUACGCUCAACACGGUUGCCGCACGGCGGCGGGAACAUCCCGACCGGCCCCUCGUACGCAUUAGCAGCACCUUCUUCUGGCACCUAAGCAGCGAUUAUGACCUAGAGCCUAUUCCUACCCUAGCCGCCCGAGCUAGGGAUGUGCGCGCUGCUAACUUUAACCUUGGUCGCGACGAGGGAGACGAGGUUGAGUACGCGCCUAUGAAAGUGGGACAGCAGGUUCAAAAUGAGCUAAAGCACAUCGCGCUCCUAACGUAA